CUUCACAUAUAAAAAGACAAAGACAGCAGCCAGUGGGAUUAGGAAGACAGCAGCUAGUGGAAUGCCUUUAUAAAAGGCAAGACCAUGAUUCGGCAGGUCUCUUUACCAUGCCGAUCGAGAGGCUUUAUGGAACAGUGGGAAAAGACUGGGAAAGACUGGAAGCACCGUACAGCUCUUGGCCGUCACCGCAUCAGCUAUCUAUCUCCAUGAUUGAUGAUAUGGUCUGCCGUGCAAACACACGCCGCAAAGGAUCCCAACCGGAGCUGGGGUCAAUACCUUCGCCAUUAUCUCAUAUUAGAUUCCUGCAGAUCCCCGACCUGGUCCCUGAUAGCCGUUGUGAGAGCAAGCAGAUCUAGCUGUCUCUUCCUUUGCUCCCAAUCCCAACUAGUCACCAGAUUAAUAGCAGAAAGAUGGCGAUGAUAUUGGAUGCCUUUGUCACCAGAUUUGCUGAACUACUGGUGGAGUUGGCGAAGAAAGAGGUUGACAAGCUCUUGGGUGUGCCUGGCGAGAUCAAAAAGCUCCAGAACAAGCUCCGUAAGAUCAGCAAAGUCCUUGUCGAUGCCGAGAGGAAGAGGAUCAAUGAUGAGGCCGUGGAUGACUGGCUCAAGGAGCUCAAGGAUGUUAUGUACGACGCCGACGACAUCCUCGACCUCUGUCGCAUCGAGGCCGAUAAGUGUAGUGAAGGUUCUUCUUCCUCCACUUCUUCGCGUCUCUUUCGCUCUAGAAUUCGAAAUUCUUAUGAGAUUGGCAUGAAAAUUAGAGAACUCAAUCAGAAGCUUGAGGAGAUUUUCAGGUGGAGGUCUGAAUUCAAUCUCGAGCUCACUUCCCAUGACAAGCAGCAAGUGACAUCUCAAAUUAGUCGCAUGACAUCUCCUGUAGGUGAGAUUGAUAUUGUAGGAUCUGUAAUUGAAAAGCACGCCCAGAGCUUGGUUGAUUCGCUAAUUAAGUGAUAUUGUAGGAUCUGUAAUUGAAAACAUUCUUGUUUUCGCAGUUGUGGGUGCUGGGGGGAUUGGAAAGACCACACUUGCUCAAAGGAUAUAUAAUGACCAGAGGAUUCAGGACGAGUUCUCAGUGAAGAAGUGGGUGUGUGUAUCGCAAGAGUCUGAUGAGAUAAAUUUGCUGAGAGAUAUCUACGAUGGAGACAAGAAUGAUCUUGCCCAGGAUCAGAGUAGGUCCUCGCUUGAGCCUAAAGUCGAGAGCAGUCUGAGGGGUAAGAAGUUGUUUCUUGUUCUUGAUGACGUUUGGACUGCAAAGGUUUGGUGUGACUUAUUGUGUAACACGUUAAAAAGUUGUAUUGCUGGCAGUAGGAUUCUUGUUACUACAAGAAAUGAACAGAUCGUGAUGCAGAUGUUGGCAAUGAACAUCCAUCAUGUUGACAAAUUGUCUUUAGAGGAUAGUUGGUUAUUGCUUUGCAAGAAAGUGGUCCUGACUGGAGAUGAGGUCGAGAUCCAGCAUCUCAAGGACAUAGGGAUGGAGAUUGUUAAGAAAUGUGAUGGCCUUCCUCUAGCCAUUAAAGCGACUGCAGGGGUGCUAUGCACGAAGGAGAAGACCAGGAAAGCUUGGAAUGGAGUUCUUGAAAGCGCUGCAUGGUCCACAUCUGGGCUUCCUGAGGAGGUUAAGGGAGCAUUAUAUUUGAGUUACGAAGACCUACCAAGCUAUCUGAAGCAAUGCUUUAUAUACUGCUCAUUAUUUCCUGAAGACUCUGUAUUAUUUAUGCAUGAUAUGACUCAACUUUGGAUUGCCGAGGGCUUUGUGAAAGCUGAGGGGAGUUCGACUAUGGAAGAGACAGCAGAAGAGUACUAUAGAGAGUUGAUUAUGCGGAAUCUUCUGCAGCCAUGUAAUAAUGAUCGGAAUGAAUUCCAGAUGCAUGACCUCCUGUACUGUCUCUCUCGGUAUCUGGCACGAGAUGAGAGCUCGGUUGUCAGGAAGGUGCACGAAGCAGGAAACAGUAAUGGGCCAAUGAAGCUGCGCCGUGUAUAUAUGAGAGACCAUCAAACAACAGAAAUCUUUGAUGUCCUAGUAGAACAAGACUCGCUGAGGACUCUACUAUGGAGAGGGACCCGCUUGUCUGAGACUCAGAUGGAUGUUGCUUUCAAUAAAAUUUCUCGUUUAAGAGUGCUGGAUAUCUGUUCGUCGACAAUUCAAGGACUGCCAGAUUCUUUGGGUAACCUCAUACACCUGAGGUACUUAAAUAUCUCAUUGUCCCAGAUAAGUGUGAUACCGGAAAGCAUAGGGAAUCUCAGAAAUCUACAGUUCUUGGAUAUCUCCUGGUCCGAGAUAAGCGUGAUACCAAAAAGCAUAGGGAAUCUUAGAAAUCUACAGUUCUUGAAUAUGCAGAUGUGUUCGCGCCUUUCUAGCCUUCCCAACAGUAUCGUGAAUUUACACAACCUUAGGAGCCUCGAUCUUGAUCAUACGAGGGGGGUUGGGAUGCCGACAGGGCUAGGAAGGCUUCAAAAUCUUCAACUACUACGUGGAUUUAUGCUACAGAGCAACCGGACAGAGGGAUGCUGCACGAUGGAAGAAUUGAGAUCUCUCUCGUGUCUCACGAAUCUCUCAAUCAAAAAGUUGGAAUUGAUAUCCAGCAGCUCCGAGGCAAAAGCAGCCAAAAUUGGAAACAAAUCCAAGCUUAAGUCACUCGGGCUGAGUUGCACGCAACAUCUUAAACCCAACGAGGAGGAGAUGAGGAGAAUCGAGAAGGUGUUUGAAGAGCUCCACCCUCCACGCUGCCUGGAAGAACUGAAUAUCAGCGGUUACUUCGGCCGUGAGUUCCCAAAGUGGAUGGCAGAAGCAUCUUCAUCAACAUCAAUUGUUUUUCCACAUCUGACGCGGUUGGAGCUACAUUAUUGUAAUUACUGUGAGCGGCUUCCACCUUGCGGGCUGCUUCCUCAUCUAGAAUUUCUUUCCAUCGGCGAAUUUGCUGCGCCAGUCGUAGAUGUUGGACCUAAAUUUUUGGUUGGUACUAGUAGCAGUAGUAGCGGCGGCGGCAGAGCAGGAGUAGAUUCUUCCAAGUGUGCAUUUCCCAAGCUGGAGACACUAAAGUUCAGAAAUAUGCGUAAUUGGCAAGAAUGGUAUUGGGAUAAAGGAACCCAAGCAAUGCAUAAAGUACCUGAGCCUUUAUGAGUGCCCCAAGUUGAUGUCUCUUCCCGAGGGUCUCCUGCUCCACGCAACCUCCAUGACAAAAUUGGAUAUCACAUAUGCCGGCAGCCUAACAACCAUUGAGAACCUCCUUUCGCUCAAAGAGUUGUAUAUAAGGGACAAUCUCAACCUGGAGAAGGUUUCAGACCUCCCUGCGCUCACAACCCUCGAGGUUGAGUGCUGCCCGAAAUUGCAAGUGGUGGAGAACAUUCAAUCCUUGAAAAGGAUGAAACUGCACGAUUACGAAAUGGAAUCGCUCCCAUCAUACUUUCUGAAAGGAGCGCAAGGAGGUGUAAAGAAAAGGAAAAGAGUACAUAGACGUACCAGGACAAGGAAAGGAGUACAUACAGCUCAUCUGGAGGAGCUGGUGAUCAGGUGCAACAUGGGACUGAUGAGAAAAAUUUGCCAACAGGCCAGCCCGGAGUGGCCAACAAUCCAAGACAUCCAGCGGGUGCGUGUAUACUCAGAGAAUAGAUCGAUGCAUAAUAGAUGGGUGCAAGUCGUCUAUAACAAGUCCCCCUUCAAGUUCACUACAAAUUUCAAUGACACUACCAGCAGCAGCAGUGGCCUCGCUCUGUGAUCCAUGCCGCCUCCAUACUCCUUUUCAACUAUGGCUACAGUUCUUUCCAGGUAUACAUACAUACAGGCUUGGGCAUAGAUUAUCUAAUGGUUUGUACAUUUGGACUCAGUCAUACAAUUUCAAAGCAUCUCCUUACCUUGGACAAGACUCGUUGCAGAGUGUUGUCAUCUUUGGCGAUAUGGGGAGGGCAGAAGUUGAUGGUUCCAAUGAAUCCAACAAUUUUCAGCCUGACUCCUUGAACACCACUUACCAGCUAAUCAAGGCCCUGAACAACGUAGAUAUGGUUAUCCAUAUUGGAGAUAUAUGCUAUGCAAAUGGAUACAUAUCGCAGUGGGAUUAGUUUACAUCACAAAUUGAGCCCAUUGCUUCAGUUGUGCCCUAUAUGAUUGGAAGUGGUAAUCAUGAGCGUGAUUGGCCUGGAACAGGGUCCUUCUAUGGCAAUAAGGAUUCAGGUGGAGAAUGUGGUGUACUAGCUGAAACCAUGUUUUAUAUUCCUGCAGAGAACCGGGCAAAAUUCUGGUAGAUGCCUCAAGAAAUGAGCUCUGCUGAAUUUAUUUUUUCCUGGUGUCCUCUCUGAAAAGACAGAGCAUUUGCUUUUAUAGGUUCCAUGGUUUUUGUUGUUUAAUGUAGUACCAUUAGAUCUCUUAAUUCAAUUUGUGAAAUCUCUUCUGGAUCAAACAGCCAAUGAUUUAGAUUGUUUCAUUAAUUAAUGCCUUUUCCUCUCUUGUUAUGUCUAUCAAUAACUUAAGAUAUUCACUGAAAACUUUGACAUAAGCAAAGUUUCUAUUGAGUUGAAUCAAAAAAUGACUUCCAUGUAAGUUGUUAGCAUUGCUGAUUUUUUGAUUAUCUUAUGCAUCAUUAUUUUGUAUAUAUGCAAUACAGAAACAUUUAUAGUUGUUAAGUACUCAAGUUGAGUUCGAUCCAUUAGGCAUCCCCUUUGAGUAACAAUUCUCGGAGAAUUUCUUUGUGCGAAAUCUUGUAUGGAGUGUGAGUUCUCUUCAGCAUUGUAUGGCACUGCACUCUAAAUUCCAUGUUUUUCUUCUUGUUUUGGAUUUGUAAAUGCCUUACAGAUGAAGGACAUGUUAUUGACUGCUUAUCUUUUUGUUGCUUUGGUAUUAUAACUAUAAUGAAGCUGGUGUAACUUCUACCAUAGUAAUGCCUUCUGCUUAUAAUAUUGAAAUAUUUAAAAUUCUGAUAUCAUGAUAUCCAGUUAUAUUGUCGCAUCUUGUUGCUAUAGCCAAAUAAUUCAUCUUAAAAUUUGUUUUUAUUAUUGUUAUCAUCAGGUAUUCAACAGAUUAUGGCAUGUUUCGCUUCUGUAUACCUGACACCGAGCAUGACUGGAGAUGAGGGACUGAGCAGUACGAAUUCAUCGAGCACAGCCUUUCAUCAGUUGAUAGACAAAAACAGCCACGGUUGAUCUUCCUUUCUCAUCUGGUUCUUGGUUAUUCCUCUGGAGCAUACUAUGGUCCGGAACGAUCCUUUGAGGAGCCAAGGGGAUGAGAUAACCUUCAAGAUCUUUGGCAGAAGUAUAAGGUUGGCAUUGCCUUCAAUGGUCAUGUCCGCAACUAUGAAAGAAUAUGUCCAAUUUACUAGAUAAAUAUGUUAUCGGCACUCGGGUAUUCCAUUUUAAUACUUGCGUGCGCAAUGCAUCGCAUUCGCACCAUUACAGCCGUCCAUUUGCAGAAACCACCAAUGUAGUUGUUGGAGGUGGAGGUGCCAUCAAAACCCAGGACCCAGGUCCAUUCACUCGUCGAUGUUUCUCCAAGGAGUGUUGGUCUUGGUUAUGGGCAUGGUAGGGGCCGAAGCACUCUUAGGAGCAGACGGUCUCGCAGGUACCCUGUGAAGCCCCUUACUUCCAUUGAAACCUGUCUCGUCCCUCAGCUUUACAAUGAAAAUUUUGAAAUUGAAGAGUACGUAUUUAACUCAGUCUCAUCACCUACUGCACAAGCUGCAAAGCCAUUUGUUAUAACUGAUGGGAACAGAAUAAUCAACAAAUCAAGCUAUGAACCUUUGAGCAACAAUGGCUUGCAUAUGGAUGUUGGAGUUAGUUCAGGAGUAACGGGAACUAUUGUUGGAGUUUCUCCUCUUCCUAAAAGAAACUGAAAUGAAAGAGCAGGGAGAUGCAGCAUGGAAGGUUGGACUCUUCUAAUUCUCAAAGUUCCUGCAAUUUCCAACACUCUCAAGGGAGCAUAACCAACCUAUGCUUAUGCUUUUAAUCCAUGACAUCUUUGUAUAUUCAUUAUAAACUUUCUAAUGUUUGCUGACCUGUUACGUUGAUGACAGAUUUUGUUAAGAAAAUGGAAUUUCCUGAAAAAUAUAACAUAUGAAAUGAGAAAAGGCAUCACAAAGUUUGUAAUGUGAACUUGCAGUGACAAAAUGUUCUAAAUAAAAAUAGUGGUAUAUCAUCCCAAAUUGUUUACA